AUGUCGACAUCGGGCCAGCCGGUGUUCCAGUCGCGCGGGUUCGAGACCUCGAUUGAUAUCGCCCGCCGCCAGGCCUAUCAAGUGGCGCCAGUCGCAGGAAUCAAAAGGACGUCGGCGACGAGGUCCCCCGAGCCUCUCAUCCCAGAGGCAGGACAUUCCGUCAAGGAUGGGUUUCAGCACAAAACGAGAAACCUCGUUGAUGACAUCCAGGAAUCAAGAUCUCUAGAGUCCUCUCGAGCCUCGCUCGGCUCUCUAAACCGUUUCCAUCCCAGCAGGAUCCGUCCAGGCCCCGGUGCGGGCGCAACAGAUCCUGAAGACUCCAAGGAUGGCCAAAAGAGUGCCUCUGCCCGGGGCGCCAGCCAAAACCCACUAUUAUCCCUCGCCAACCCAAAGUACGGGUUGCCGCCGUCGCUGACCGGCAAUUUCGCCGCCCUCGGUGUCAAAACUAUCUAUCCGUGGCAAGCUUCAUGUCUGCUUGCGCGUGGGCUGCUGUCGGGUGAGCGGCACCUGGUCUACACGGCCCCUACCGGCGGGGGCAAGUCCCUAGUCGCUGAUGUACUUCUACUGAAACGGAUUAUUGAGAAUCCUACCCGCAAGGCGCUCCUGGUCCUGCCAUAUGUGGCCCUGGUACAGGAGAAGCUGAAAUGGAUGCGUCGGAUUGUUCAGGGCGUGGAAAGGAAUGUGCCCGAUGAGCCUGAGGACCAUGAUGCGCCUUUCCCGCGCAAGCGGUGGAAGAAGCUGCAGAAACAGAUUCGGGUUACUGGCUUCUUCGGUGGAAGUCGGACGACGGCGACUUGGGCGGAUACCGAUGUUGCCGUCUGUACAAUAGAGAAGGCCAACUCUCUAAUAAACGCUACUAUCGAGGAGUGUAGUAUCGGGGAACUGGGUGUGGUGGUGCUCGAUGAGCUGCACAUGCUGGAUGAUGAGCAUCGCGGGUACCUUUUGGAGCUGAUGGUUACGAAACUGCUCUUGCUCCAACAGGAUAUCCAGAUUGUUAGCAUGAGUGCAACGUUAUCUAAUACGGAGAUGCUUGCACAGUGGAUGAACGCGAAGUUUUUCAUUUCUACCUACCGUCCAGUUCCUAUCGAUGAAUAUCUCGUUUAUGAGAAUGCUAUCUAUCCAGCAGCGACUUCGAGACAAUUAUUCCAGACGGCAUCCAAAUUGACAGCUGCAAAUUCGGCAUCACUACAUGACUCAAUUCCUCCCCAGAGACUCAUCGAUGUCUCGGAGUACAAAGAGCUUAGUAACGCUGCUACUAAUUCCAUGGUAGCGCUGGCCGUUGAAACUGCAUCCGCGGGCUACGGUGCGCUGGUGUUUUGCAGCAGUCGCGGGGCGUGUCAGAUCCAUGUUGCUACAAUCAGCGAGGCAAUGCCUAGCCUAUCACCCGAUGAGACGGAAGAGUUGAGCAAGCGGUUGGAUCUACUUGCAGAGCUGCGAAGUCUCGCGUGUGGGUUGGACCCAGUCCUCGAGAAGACAAUCAUAAAGGGAGGCGGUUUUCAUCAUGCUGGCAUGACUACCGAAGAGCGGGAACUGAUUGCCCAAGCUUAUGAUCAAGGCGUGCUGAGAGUAUUGGUCGCUACGUGUAGUCUUGCUGCUGGUGUCAAUCUUCCCGCUCGACGGGUUAUCAUCAAUGGAGCAAGGAUGGGCCGGGAGUUGGUUGGGCCUGCAAUGCUACGGCAGAUGUGCGGACGCGCUGGUCGCAAAGGCAAGGACGAUGCGGGCGAGACGUACUUGAUAUGCAUCAAGGCUGAUUUGGAAGCCGUGUGUAAUUUACUAGAUGCUGACAUGCCCGCUAUCGAGAGCUGCUUGGCACCCGAGAAAAGAGGGCUGAAAAGGGCCCUCCUCGAAGCCAUAGCAACGGGCUUGGUAUCUGGCGGUGAAGCUAUCAAAGACUAUGUGCGCUGUACAUUGCUCUACCGCACCCUGGAUAAAAAGCUUGUGUAUAACAUCAUGAAUUCAGCUUUGCAGGAGCUGAUCAAUGAGUCGCUCAUUGUCUUCAAAGAAGACGAGUCUUACGAAGCAAGCCUGCUGGGCCAGGCAGUCGUCGCCUCAGCGUUCUCCCCCGAAGAUGGGCUUUUCGUGUACGAGGAACUCAAACGUGCCCUACAGGCAUUCGUCAUGGAUGGCGAUAUGCACAUAUUCUAUAUGUUUACUCCAUUCCAAGUUGCUAUGCAAACACCGAUCGACUGGCAAAUUUUCCGUGAUCAGCUGGACCGGCUGGACGAGAGCGGCCUCCGGGCACUGCAAUUCGUUGGCGUUCAGCCAGGAUUCGUCAACACAAUGGUCCAAUCGGGAGCUUCUCUUAAAGAAAAUACCCCAGCCCAACAAAAACAAGCCCGCAUAUACCGCCGCGCCUACACAGCCUUUCAACUUCGCGACUUGAGCAAUGAAGUGCCCCUUUCCACAAUUGCAGCGCGCUACCACAUCCCCCGUGGCACGGUCCAGACCCUUGCCCAGCAGUGCCAUGGCUUCGCUGCUGGUAUCGUCAAGUUCUGCCAGCGCAUGAACUGGGGCAUGAUGGCAGCUGUGCUGGACCAUAUGCGCGACCGGCUGGAAGCUGGUGCACGUGCAGAUCUACUGGAAAUGGCGCAGGUGACCUUCGUCAAAAGCUGGACAGCGCGGUGUCUGAGAGAGAAUGGGUUCCGGAAUCUGAGGGCUUUGGCGGAGGCGGACCCUAAGGAUUUGGUGCCAGUGCUCAUGAUGGUUAAUCCGCGCAAGACCCAGAAGAAUCAGCUUUAUCCUACUGAAGCAGAGCGAUAUGCUGCGAAGCUCUUGGUGAAGGCGGAAAUUAUUGUUGCGUCUGCGAACAAGAUAUGGAAGCGCGAGAUGCAUGUUGAAUUAGAGGAAUGA